CGAUUUGGAUGCCAGUGGUCACACUGUUCAGUCUCGCCAGGCUGUGCGUGAUGAGAUUGACCGCUUAGUUCAGACUGCAUUAGAGGCCAGGCAGCAGCGCCUUGAUGAUACUCGUGGGUUACGUCGCCGUGGUCCUCCUCCGGUCGGUACUGAGGUCAUUGUUUUUAACCCUAACACUCUGGGACGCGGAGGGAAAUACGAUCGGACGAUCUACCGCGUCCUUGAGAUUAUUCGUGGCGUUGUCCUGAAGCUGGUAGAUGCCAAGGUGCCAGAAGACCAAGUUAUCCCCAGCAUGAUUAAGGAAACUCACUACGCCAAUGUUCGCCCUUACUAUCGUCCAUCCGGGGGGCAUGUGGUUUGAUGGAUGGUCGAUAGUGGGCCUCACGCACAGGUUGUGUGCGCCACAGGUGCCUGCGUGCAAUCAUGUGCACGCGUGUUUUUGCUCGGGCCGAGCAAUGGCCAGUCCUUUAUUCGUACAACCCAAGUCUGAGUCGUAGUAGACCCCAUCUCCAUCAGAUUUAUGUCUUAGUAGUAAGUUAUUGACCUUGAGACUUAAUGGCA